CUUGACGUGUCAAAACCGUGAACAACCGAAAUAGUUAAAGAUCCACCUGAUAAAAAAGAAGAAGAGCACACGAAUGUAAUGUAGGUUAUGUUGUGACAUUCAACGUUCAUGUUAUUAUAUUUUGUAACAUAUGCAUCGUUCGAAUAGAUAAUUAACAUAUCCGGUUUCGCAUUCGUUUUAUCGUAAUACUCGUAUAUCACUACGCCUACCCAUCAGUGCUUUCCAGCUGCCAGCCCGUUGAAAUACAACGUCGAGACGAAUUAGAAAUCGACGAUGAAUGGGACUUGAAAUUGGCUAAUAUGUUGUGGAUAUUACGCAACAAUGACAACAGAUCUUAGCUCCGCUUCCAUACCGACGUUCUACAGGCAAGCCUACGAUGCCUGUUCGAUCGAUGGCCAGACCGUUCUCCGGGAAGUGUUCGAAACGCUUCUUUCCCAAUUCAAGCUGUCGCCUGCUCAAAUAGAAAAGAUACAUAACGUGGCUGGCGUUUCCGAAGGAGACGUCAAUCGAACGAAUUUCUAUAAAACCCUAGCUCUAGCCGCUUGGUCUCAACAGGGCAAACAAAUUACCGAUAAACUGUUUGAUAAUUGCGCAGAAAAAGAGUAUCCUGUACCGGAAAUAACUGAUUUAGCACAAGUAAAAACAGUAAGAGCCCAGCUGGCGAAGAAAGCCACAUCCACAGAUUUGGAUUACGCAUCGAUUAACAAACGGGACUCCAUAAUCGUUCAUUUAGUACCUGAAAAGAAAGGUUUGAUAUUAAAAUACUCGGAAUACGUUGUCACGUCUCAACGACACAACGGCAAAGUAUCCAGAAGAUACAACGAUUUCGUCGCUUUGAAGGAAUUACUGCUCAACAGGUUUCCCUACAGAUUGAUACCGUCCCUGCCGCCCAAGAAGAUCGUUUCCGACGCCCAUUUCCUGGAACAAAGACGCCUGGCGUUGCAAAGAUGGUUGACUUUGAUCAGCCGACAUCCCGUCGUCGGCGAUGACGCCAUAGUGGCUUUCUUCCUGACGGAUCAAGGCCCGGAUUGCCAGCACAGAAUCCGGGAGAUAUUCGCUCGAAUACCGGACGAAUUCAUGACGUCCGAUGUAGCAUCUAACGCUAAAGACCUGUUGCCUCCUGAAUACGGACGAAUGGCGGUGAAUUCACAAAACAUCCGUACGCUGGUGAACGUGAUCGGUAAAUUGAAGCAUCUAAUCGACAGGAACUUGGAGCGCCACAUAACGGCCGGCAGGGACUUGGAAGACUUCACCGAACAACUGAAAACCCUGAGCACGCUCGACGUGGAACAGGCGCAGAACAAUCUGCUGAAUUGGAACGCCAUGCAAAAGGGCUUCCGCGUGAUAGCCAGAGACAUGGAUUCGAUGUCGAACAGAUCGAACCAUCACGCCUACGCCGAACAGAGCGAGGUGUGCGAACGGCUGGGCCUGCUGCUGGACGUGCUGGUGGCCCACAAGGAGCUCUGCGAGCGCUUGGACAGGGGCCUGCAUCACGAUCACGCCGCGGCGCUCUCUAAAUUGUUGAACAUGAAGAAGAGGAAGAUCCAGGGCGUCAUUAGGGGGACCGAUGCCGAACGGGUGGAGCGGUUGGAAUCGAAGAUGCUGGCGCAGGAGAAUUUCAUAACGAACAUGGAGCUGCGGGCGGAUUUCAGUUUGUAUUGCGUGCACAUGGAGACGCGAUUGGUGUACGCUUAUUUGGAGACGCUCUCGAACAUCAUCAGGAAUUUGAUGAGUUUACGGAUUAAUUUUCAUUCGGAGUUUCAUGAUAUUUGGUCGCAAGUACAAAGGUCUGGUCUACCGUUUUUUUCGGGUGAUAGUCAAUCGAAUGGGAUAACGUAGAAUUGAUAAUUAACUAAUAUUGAUAAAUUUAAUAUAUUAUACAUGGUUUUAGUCUAGCGUACUUUCUAGUACGGUUUUGAGCAUUUAUUGUUAAUUGAAAAUGUUUGUCAUUCGUAGUACAAUGAGGGAUUUAGGUGUAUAUUUUAUCUUUGGUUUAUUUGUUUAUACUCAGUAGAAAUUUAUCCAAUAGGACAAUGAUAGUUGAGAUUACAUAUUUGAGGUGUAUUUUUUUUAGUUUCGUUAAUUUAUUAAAAGAAUAUAUAUGUUUGUUACCAAGUGCCUUAUCGAAAGAUUCAAAAUGUGAUAAAAUGCAUUAUAUAAAUUUGUAAAUGUAUCUG